CAGCUGAAAGUGAGCAGGCUAGCCGCGUUCAUUUACGGAAAAUUGCACAUCUUAACAACCAGAACGGUCAAUAACACAUCUUGAUGGGUCGACCUAAAAGCUCUUGACCGGCCUUUAACUUGACCUGAGCUGAGACUCUUUAACUUGAGCAUGCACUCUAUUAACCUCCAGACCGUUCUAUUUUUUUUUAUAUCUGUGAUUCCUGCCAUAAUAAUGCUAUGCCCAGUCACCACAGAGGCGUUCUCAAAUUGGCUUUAGCCGAAGAAUUUAAGUGACAUUUUCCAUCAUACCUAAGCCAGAUCCGCGUUGAAAAUGGAGCCUUCGAAAAUGUCAGCAUUGGAUGCCCUAGAUUUAGACGACACCGACCUUGAGCCUUUGGCACCGACGUUACAAAACAUUCUCGAUCAGACAUCGCUCCGUUGGAUCUUUGUGGGCGGUAAAGGGGGCGUGGGCAAGACCACGUGCUCCUCAUCUAUCGCCAUUCAAUUGGCCAAAGUGCGGGAAAGCGUGCUCAUCAUCUCCACCGAUCCCGCCCAUAACAUAUCGGAUGCUUUCGACCAGAAAUUUACCAAGGUUCCCACCAAAGUCAAAGGAUUUGAGAAUCUUUACGCCAUGGAGGUGGACCCCAAUGCGGGUGUGACCGAGCUCCCCGAAGAAUAUUUCGAAGGCGAGGGGAACGAGGCCUGGAAAAUGUCCCGGGGUCUUAUCCAAGAGUUAGUAGGCGCAUUUCCCGGCAUUGAUGAGGCCAUGAGCUUCGCCGAGGUUAUGAAGUUGGUCAAGCGAAUGGAUUUCUCGGCUGUGGUAUUUGACACGGCACCCACGGGUCACACUCUCCGACUGCUGUCGUUCCCGACCGUGAUCGAAAAGGGUCUGAACAAAUUGGUGAAGCUCAAGAACCAAAUGGGUCCGCUCAUUUCGCAGAUGGGACGGAUGUUUGGCGGCAACGACGCCAUGAAUCCAGAACUGCUAUCCGGGAAGCUGGACGAAAUUCUGCCCGUAAUCAAACAAGUGAACGAGCAAUUCCGCGACGCCAAUUACACUACCUUCAUAUGCAUUUGUAUCGCAGAGUUUCUGUCCCUCUACGAAACCGAGCGGCUGGUUCAGGAGUUGACCAAGUACGGGAUUGACACGCAUAAUAUCGUGGUGAACCAGCUGUUGUUUCAGAAGAAGGGCGAGAAACCGUGCGGGCUGUGUGCGGCUCGUUGCCGUAUUCAAGCCAAAUAUCUCGAUCAGAUCCAUGAUUUAUAUGAAGAUUUCCACGUGGUCAAGCUGCCACUUUUGGAGCAGGAAGUCCGGGGAGUGGAAAAAGUGUCGGCAUUUUCAGCCAAUCUUAUCCAACCUUUCAGUUCCGAGUGAAAGAACUUCUUUUGAGAUUCUAAUCGUUUCCAAAAACAUGUGAUGGUUAAUACCAACAAACAAAUAUAUGAUGAACUUUUCAGA